AACGCCACUUAUACGCUUGAGAAAACAGAUUACUACAGAGGGAAAGAAAAUGAGGACAGCAAAUUGGCAAAUACACCAGAGCUGUCUGCAACCAGAGAUUCCGAUGAACAGCCCGUAGUUCGGGGUAUGGAUACAGAUGACACAGCCAGUGAGGAUGGACAGCAACGUGAGUUUCCCGAGACAGACGGUUAUCCAGUUGCAACUGCCGAAGUUUCGGCCAAUGAUGAGCUGAAGGAGGCGUACGACGGAAUAAGUGAGCUUAAUCAUUGCAAGUCUAAUUUCUAA